AUGUGUUCUGUCAUGAAUCCUAUCUUGAUUGAUUUCAAGGUGAUGAGCAACUGCUUGAAGGUCACUGUUGGGUUUGACCAUGCGUUUAACCUUGUUGCCAAUAUGGGAGGAAUGGGGUUCAUAGGGUCUCAAGAUGCUUAUGGAUUGGAGAAACUCGUUGCGGAAGAAUUGGGUAAGCAGGUUCAUGGGUAUAUGACGAGGAUUGGGUUUGAUCUGUUAUCAUUUGCAGCUAGUACGCUUGUUCACAUAUACACAUUGUGUGGGAAUAUUAAGAAGACAAGACAUGUUUUCAAUGAGAUGCUGAGACUAGAUUUAGUACCAUGGACUUCCCUAAUUAUUGGUUAUGUUCAGAAUGCCCAAGCUGACGAGGCUCUUCAGUUCUCUGGGCUGCUAUUCAAAUCAAGAACUCAACCUGAUCACAUUACCUUUGUCGGGGUUCCUUCUAUUUGUACUCAUGUUGAUUUGGCCUCUGUGUCUCCCUGCACCGAGACGAGUCAGAUUUCAAGAGGAGUGGAGCAUGCAGUAGGGAUGAAAAUGACAACGGCUUCCCGUUCCCACUAG